AGUCAUAUUUGAACCAGCGUUGCGUUAGGUUGGGAAGAGCCUACUACUCUUUAGAAAAUAAAUAUAAGUUAAUUACAUUAUAUUAUUGAAAAUAAUAUAAUUUCAUUACCAUAUUUCUCUUUAUCAGUUUUUGAAAGUGAUGGCCACAUAUUCUUCUAAAGUUUCCCUCAAUGAGGUUGUAAUAGCAUCGGCCGUAAGGACCCCAAUUGGUUCUUUUAGGGGCAGUUUAGCCAGUCUUUCUGCCACUGAACUCGGUGCUGUUGCUGUUAAAGCAGCGAUAGAGAGAGCCGGCAUUCCAACGGAAGAAGUAAAGGAGGUCUAUAUUGGAAAUGUGUGUUCUGCAAAUCUUGGUCAGGCUCCUGCAAGGCAAGCUGUUAUGUUUGCUGGACUUGCUAAAAGCACUGUAUGUACCACAAUUAAUAAAGUUUGUUCUUCUGGAAUGAAAGCAAUACUGCUGGCAGCUCAGGGCUUACAAACUGGUGCUCAAGAUGUAAUUUUGGCUGGUGGAAUGGAAUCAAUGUCAAAUGUGCCCUUUUACUUGAAAAGAGGUGAAACCACUUAUGGUGGCAUGCAAUUAGUUGAUGGUAUAGUGUUUGAUGGGCUCACCGAUGUCUAUAAUAAAUUCCACAUGGGCAAUUGUGCAGAGAAUACUGCUAAGAAAUUAGAAAUCUCAAGACAGCAACAAGACAAUUGUGCCAUUUCUAGUUAUAAAAGAAGUGCAGCUGCAUAUGAAAAUAAGGCUUUUGCAGAUGAAUUAGUUUCUGUUUCUGUACCUCAUAAGGGAGGUGCUCCACCAGUAGUAUUUAGAGAAGAUGAAGAAUACAAAAGAGUAAAUUUUGAACAGUUUACAAAACUGGCAACGGUAUUCCAAAAAGAAAAUGGGACAGUAACAGCUGGAAAUGCUUCCGCAUUAAAUGAUGGUGCCGCAGCAUUAGUGUUAAUGACUGCUGAAGCAGCAAAGAGGUUAAAUGUUACUCCAAUUGCCCGUGUGGUAGGAUAUGCAGAUGCAGAGUGUGACCCAAUUGAUUUCCCAAUAGCUCCUGCUGUUGCAAUUCCCAAACUUUUAGAAAAAACUGGUGUGAAGAAAGAUGAUGUUGCUCUUUGGGAAAUAAAUGAACCAUUUAGUGUGGUUGCGAUAGCUAAUCAAAAACUAUUAGAUUUAGAUCCUUCUAAGCUUAAUGUCCAUGGAGGUGCUGUAAGCUUAGGCCAUCCAAUUGGUAUGUCAGGAGCGCGUAUAGUUGUUCACUUGUGUCACGCAUUAAAGAAAGGAGAAAAAGGCGUUGCAGCUGUUUGCAAUGGAGGUGGUGGGGCAACUUCUAUUAUGAUUGAAAAAUUGUAAGUUUUUUAAUCAAUAUUAUUUUUAAUAAUUUGGUUUAUAAUGUUUAUUUGAAUAUUAAAUAUUGAAUCAGUUAUGUUAUACCGUCAUUGUUUAUAGAGUGUUAAUAUCAGAUUUUUCAUGUGCCUUAAUUAUGUUUUGCUAUGUAAGGAAAAUUUUAUUGUUAUUGUUGGUUGAGGAUUAUAAUAUAUUCAUAGGUGAAAAGUUAUAUAUAAUAACUUUAAUCAUAAGUUAUAGAUGUAAUUAUUUUCAAUAUAUUUGUAAUUAUUUUGAAGCCUUUUUGCUGCUAUUUUUAUAUGACACUCUCUUUAUAAUGAGUGAUGAUUAAAUCAUACAAUGUUCAUUUUUUGAAUCUUUUAUUCUCUAUCAAGGAGAUAAUUUUUUUCAGACCUGAAGUUGUGCAAAAACCUCCCAUAUUAACUUUCUACACAAGAGACCGCUGCUCUCUAUGUGAUAUAGUUAUGGAGGAACUCGAGCCAUUUAAAGACUAUCUAUUCACAAAUUCUAUAUUACAGAUAAUUAAUUUUCUAUGUGGUAGAGCCAUGCUGCAGCUAUAUUAUGGUUGUAGCACGAAUGGGUCGGCUCGACCGGGGAAGGACCACGCUCUCACAGAAAACCAGCGUAAAAUAGCAGCUUAAUGCUGCUGUGUUUCGUAUGGUGAGUGUAGAGAACCGGAGACCCUUUUUACUGGCAAAGAGGCAUUCCAUCUUAGUCCUCACGGGUGACAACGUAUCUGCAUCUUGAGUCUUUAUUGAGGAUAGAUGUAGAUGUCUAUGAGUCACAGUAACCACUUACCAUCAGGUGGACUGUGUGCUCGUUUGUCACCCGAUCCUAUAAAAAAAAAAGAUAAGGAUAAUCUGAAAUGGCUAAAACUGUACCGACAUGAUGUACCUGUACCUUUCCUUAAUGGAAAGUUUUUAUGCAUGCACAAAUUGGACAAGGACUUGUUAGAGAUGACUAAUGUUUGUUAGUAAUGUUUUGUUAAGAAUUGUAUUAUUAUACUAGUCAUUUUAAUAAUCGCAUGAUAAUGUAUAAAUAUAUAUUUUGGAUAAAGACAUGAACCGUACUGAAAUUAUAUCUAUUGGUGGCAUUAGGUCCUUAGGUGACCUGAGUGAUCAACCUGGGUGUCAGUGACAAGAGGGUGCUACAAGCCCUUGCAGUGCUUUGACCCAUGUUUAAUCUGAUGUUUUAGCAAUAUUUGAGUUACAAUCUUAGGUCUACAUCACUACUUACCCAACAGGUGAGAUGAUAGAGCCAAAGGUGGGUUUACUAAGCAAAAGGAUGGGGGUGUCGUGAAUUUUCUCCCAGGCUCAUGGAUGGCUAGAGCACCCUUAGUCUGGUUAUACAUGUUAUUGUUGCUAAAUCAAACAUUUUCGAAGUUGGAAAAUUUUAAAUAAGGAUUGUCGAAAUAUCAAUAAAAUAAAACCCCAAUGAUUCAAUAACAAAGACACAUUAAGUUUAAUGUUGUGUAAAACAGUAACAUUGUCUUACUGAUGCAUAGAAGCUAAAAGAUUUUGAGGGGGUAGUGUACGCAAUGGAGGGCGAGAGGGUGCUCUUCAAACUAGUUAAGAUACAUAAUUUUAUUUUAUUACGCGUAUAUAAGCAAAUUAUACACGCGUGGGAACAUCAUCAAUGUAGUCUGAGUAAAUUAAAUACGCAUUACUAAGGAUAACUCAAAAACUACUGCUGAGACCUUGAUUAAAAUGGAUCAUGGGACCACAUGAGAAGCACCAGCUUCCAAAUGAAAAAAGAAUCAUCAAAAUCGGUUCACCUAUAAAAAAGUUACGAGGUAACACUAAAAAAAAUACAGUCGAAUUGAGUACCCCCUCCCUUUUGAUGUCGGUUAAUUAUCAUACCGCCUAUUUCCCGCGGUAUCAUGCCACGAACGCUGGUUGAGGUUGUUUCCUCGCUGUAUUGCUAUACUAAGCCUUUGAGCGAGAAAAGAACCAGCCCUCUUAUGGCCAGCAGCGAUGACCGAAUUCGUGGAGGAAUCGCGGAUUCAGUUCCUGUAGGAUUUUCACCGUAUGUGGACCCCACGGACCGAUAGUCUGUACAGUAAAUGGCACAAGUUUUCUCAUCUCUGUGACUCAUAUUUGCGCCACUUAGUUCAGCUGUCUCUGAGGCCGCCUUAGCUCUAAACGAGGUAUCACUGAGGUGAGAGGCUGCCAAAGUGUCUACGCAAGUAGCAUCCCACAAUAGGGCUUUACCUCUCCCCCAAGGAAAUAAAGUCAUACCGUCUAAUCCCUUGCCAUCAUCUCAUUUUCAUUCAAAGAAGAAAUUUUUAUCAAAGAUGCAUUAAGAAGAUAUAAGAAUAAGAAAGAAUUUCAGAAAAGAAAUUUCAUAUCUAAUGCGCUUAAGAGUUUUCUGAAAUUCUUUCUUUCUAUAGUACUAUAAUAAAGCGGAUUUUUUUUGUUUUUUUGUUUGUUUAAACGCGCUAAUCUCUGGAACUACCAGUACGAUUAGAAAAAUUAUUUUCGUAUAUUAUAGCUAGAUUCUUAUAUAUGGAUAUUUGUUAAGCAAGUCAGAAGAAAAGCACUCCCGAAAUGAUUUAUCCGCGUACGCUGGUGUUAUCGUUAGGGAUACGUAAAUACAAUUUUCUAGGAAGAUAUAGAUCUUUACUCUAUCUAAAAAAAACUCCGCGAUACCAUAUGUGUAUUUCUUAUACAUAAGCCAAAAUUAGGUAUUUGUGACAAAAAAAAUAUUGAAAAUUUAAAAGUGAUUUAUGAGCGUUAUUAUUAGGCAUGGCCUAUUUAUCCUUACGAACGAAGGUUACUUCAUCAUCAAGACAAUUUUAUGAAGAUACACUUUGUUCUGUAUACCAUGUUAUUUGGACGCAUAGUUUAAGAGAUAAUGUAAAAUUAAAAUAAUUCAAUAUUUGGCAGGGCGCGCGAACAACACAUAAACCCUAGCCGCCUGACGAGAACUGCGAGAACUGCUCAACCGGGAGGGGGAGGGAAAGUGGAUGAAACUUAAGUUCGCUCUACAUCAUACAUAAUAUGCCGACAGAUAAAAGUACUCCAUUAAUUAUGCCAAUUUUUCCAUCCAUUGCUAUCAAAUAAAAUAUUUAAUUGCAAUUAUAAAAUGCUUGAACUAGGUCAUGUCGCGCACCUCUGACACGUAAUGAUGCGGGUGAAACCGCGGGGCACAGCUAGUUUUAUAUAUUAUAAAAGUAAUAAAAGAAGCAAAAAUACGAGCAAUUUUAUAUAAGGGACCAGGCGUAAUUCAUGCAAAUGUUUUAUCAAAUUGUUUUUAUCUUUGGCCAAGGAUUGAAAUCUAAUAAGAUGAUUGUCUAAGCAAUACUGUUAGAUCUAUUUGGUUUGUUAAUAUUAUUUGUUUUGUCUUAGAUGUACCACGCGUACAAAAGUCACUAGAAGUUGUAUAAGUAUACAACAUAUAAAUCUAGAACUAUCCUACUGCUUCCUGCAAGUUUAUGCUUGCCUAGUACUAUUCCUAAAGUAAACUACUUGAUAAAAAUUUCCAUGUAUUUUGUAGAGUAGGACCACUGAGAAUUUUCUUUCGCGUAUGUCUUACUUGGUAAAAAUAUUCUUAGUAGUUUUACUAAUAAGAUUAUUUGGUAUACUAAUGGGAAUACAUCGCGCCACGAAGAUUUCCAAUAGACUUAGUACGACUAUUGGGAAGUUCUCAUUAGAAAGAUCCCAAUGGUCUUACCAGUAAGACUACUGGGAAUACCCCAGUAAAUUAACCACAUAAUUUGAAGUAGAACUUAUUUAUUCUGUAGUAGAACUAAAACAAUAAGUGUUGCAAUAGUAAUUGAUUACAACAUUAACAUAAUUGAAAUUCCGUCAGUCAUCGUUAAGACCAGUUUUAUGUGGUUAAUACAUCGAUCACUAAUAAAAAACUAGAAACGCAAUCAGUGACAAAAAAAUGUACUUACCGAAUGAGCGCCCACUCGAACAUUUGGGUGCGCUUCUAAUUUUUACGUAGCUUUGUGAAUAUAACUUUAGGCAAUGCCUUUAAGGUUUAAUUUACAUUAAUGUAUAUUUAUUUUAACUACAAUUACGUCAAAACAAUUGACGAUUUUUUGAGGCGGACUUAUCUCUUGUAAUUUCUUUCGCUCUUACAUUAAUAAAUUAUAUUUAUUACAUUAUAUAAUGAUAACACCGGAAAGGUAAAUCAUUUUACCGAUAACUUACUAUAAGAAAAGUUAUUAUACAGUAUGUAACAAAAACCCCGUUAGUCGUUUCAAGGUCGUAUAAAUGUACACAUUUAUUCUGUGACAAAACCAUGGCAAUUAUGAUAAUGAAUUUUUUUUUUGGUUGCUUUAAAUGGGAUUUUAGAGUUUCUAAUCAGAUACCUAUCUUACUAAAUUUAAUAUUUCUAAAAAUGUUAUUGGCUUCUGAACUUCCGAUACGUGCCGUCAUAAUAUUACCUACGGCAGCUGUGAGGUUACUGACACUGCUGCCGAAAAGCGAGCGGCUGCGCGUAACGAGCAUCCUCAAGGUUUUUAUGUAAACCUAUGGGCGGCUACUGCCAUGCCUACCGCAGGGGCAAUAUCGGGAGUACAGCGAUAGGGGCAAUAUCUGAAUUGUCUCUACACAAACAUGCCUGCCGUUCAGUAUGAGUAUGAGAGUCCAUGUCUCGCUGAACGCACGCAUUAAGUAUGGCGCCAGUUUUAUCGAAAUAUUAAUGGAUCAGAAUAUAUAUCCUUGGCUCUUUUUUAUAUAGAAUAAGAGUGACAAAUCAGCACUGUCCACCUGAUGGUAAAUGGACAUUGUGGCCCAUAGACACCCACAUAUAUCGAUAAAACAACUAAUUAAUUAAUAAUUACAACCAUAAUAAUAUAGUGCUUAUAAGCUGCAGCAAAGCUCUGCCACGCUAUUUUUAGGCUAUCAAUGACAAUUAAAUGUGACUACAGUCGUCAUAAAUUAUGUCAUGUAUAUAUAUUAAAUUAUGACUUAGUAACUAUAAUUUAACUAGUGUUACAAAUAGCCAGGAUAGUUUUCUAGUAAUGAGUUUUAAUAAAUUUAAUUACU